CCGGAUACAGCGCGCACAAACUUGGCAGCAUUGCGUCAACAUGUUCUUUUUCUGGCGAACGCCAUUGCUGUUUGCAUCGGGAUAAUUUUUCAUAGUGAAAAACAUGGCUGAAGUUGCUGAGAACGUUACCGAAACCUUUGAGGAGCAGCCUCCAAUUGAGACUGAGGGUGCUGAGACUUUGUUGGAAACCAACGUUGUCUCCACCACUGAAUUGCCCGAAAUUAAAUUGUUCGGUCGCUGGUCUUGCGAUGAUGUUACUGUCAAUGACAUCUCUUUGCAAGAUUACAUCUCCGUUAAGGAGAAGUUUGCUCGUUAUUUACCUCACUCUGCUGGUCGUUAUGCUGCCAAGCGUUUCCGUAAAGCUCAAUGCCCCAUUGUUGAACGUUUGACCAGCUCCUUGAUGAUGAAGGGUCGCAAUAACGGCAAGAAACUCUUGUCUUGCCGCAUUGUCAAACAUUCCUUCGAAAUCAUUCACUUGUUGACUGGUGAAAAUCCUUUGCAGAUUCUUGUAAGCGCCAUCAUCAACUCUGGUCCCCGUGAAGAUUCUACCCGUAUCGGUCGUGCUGGUACCGUUCGUCGUCAAGCCGUCGAUGUGUCACCUCUCCGUCGUGUCAACCAAGCUAUUUGGUUGUUGUGCACUGGUGCCCGCGAAGCUGCUUUCAGAAACAUCAAGACCAUCGCUGAAUGCUUGGCCGAUGAAUUGAUCAACGCUGCUAAGGGUUCUUCCAACUCUUAUGCCAUCAAGAAGAAGGAUGAAUUGGAACGUGUUGCCAAGUCCAACAGAUAAAUGCAUACAUGUACUGUUUUUACCAUGUGUAUAAUUUACACUUUUUUUUAAUAAUGAAAAGAUAAUAAAACACAUCUCUUAAAAAUAAUAA